AUAAGUUGUGUUUCUUGUCACAUGGCACACGGGUCUGGGAUGGUGACUCCAUUUUGGUAAAGCGAACGAGUUAUAUUAUGAAAGUCAAAGGAAAUACACGUGGUAGAAAGCAGAGAGUACCUCGCGGUCGCGGAAGAGGAAAACGGACAGACUUCCAGAGCACAGACUUGGUUGUAACUGUGUCAAAUGAAGAUAACAGUUCCUCGCGCCUGAAACCUCCGGUUACCGCGAGCCAGCCUCGAAAGAUCGUGCUCAACCGCAAAACUGAAUCCACUGAUUUGGAGAAAGUGACUGUGAAGUCUUUGGACGAAAUUAAACGCGAAAAAGAGCAGAGACAGCUUGGAGGAUCUGCACAUGAGACAACAAGCCACGAUUCAGUGCAAGCUGGCGGGUCUGCUAAAGACAGUGGCGAAGACAGAAAUCUUUUCGACACUUUCAGUAAACCAGCGAAGGUUGAUCCCAGUUGCCGAGGUGAACCAGUUGCCGCCACCCGAUCUGGGUCAGGAUCUGAAGUGUCAAGUACAAGUGGAGUGACAUCAAGACCAGAGCUGAAAAAAUUAUCAAUUCCCUUAAAAGCAUUACCUGCACUGGCACCACACCACAAGAUCUUGCCUGGAAAACAACCGAUCAACGCAGCUAUUCCGAGCCCCGUAGAGACCAGUGAGAUGGAUUUUGAGAGUAGCCUGUCAGAUCAAGAGUUUGAUUACCUAGAUGGUGACGAAGAGUCUGACCUUGCUAGUGACCUUGAUGAAGACUUCGUAUUGAAAGAGGAAACAGAAACAAAGCAAGACCCACAAAUGACAAGAGAAAGGUCUGAAAAUCACCAAGAUGGUAAAGAUGCUAACAUGAAUGACGGUGGUUUCUCUGCUUACGUCGAUUACACCGGUGUACCUCUAGCACAAGAUUAUGCAGAGGAGGAAGAAGAUGAUGUUAUCUCACUGCAUCCAGAUGAUUCGUUGUUAGACGAGGAAGAUGAAUUCAGUAUGAACAGCAACAGACUUGUGCGCCCAAGGAUUUUGGGAAGAAGAUCAGGUAGUGAGUCAAGAGAUUUGAGAAUGAUGAUUACUGACAGACAGAAACAGUCUGAAGAAAGCUCUAGCACCAGUACAACUGCAGUGAGAAGGCCAAGCGAGGAGCCGCAACCUGACAGUGGGGAAAUAAAGAGUCAAGAAAUGGAAAAAGAUGUUGUUAAAGGGGAUAAGUCUGAUAGCACAUACAAAUCAGAAAACUUGUCACAUAAAUUACGUCACAGAGAAAGGGUUUCACCUUGGAGAGGAUCCAGAAGACAGGAAAAUGAAAGGCAUAGAGACAGGGCUCCCCGAGGUCGAAGUGGUGAUGCUGUUUCAAGAAGAGGUAGACAAAGAUUGAGGUCAGGCCCAAGAAGAGAAAGUGGAUCUAAUGUUCCAGUAUCAUCACUGUUAGGGUACCCUCCAGCUUUACCACCGUUAUUUACUCCUGUUGAGGGACUGCUUCCUCUUUCUGGAUUGUCACAGGUGCAAGCUGCUUUAGAAGAAAAAAUUAAGUCAGCUAAGACAAAAAUGCAGAUGACUGUACUACAGAUGCUCACAAACCCACCCCCAGUUCCUGGUGAACAUGUACCCGAGUAUGACCGCCACAGACAGCAACCUCCCACACGACAUGGACCGUAUGGUCCUCGCGAGAGUAAAAGAACAAAUGAACGACAUCCUCCCAAAAGACCUCAAAGGAAUGUACCAGAUGCUAAAAGUAGUAUAGCUCCGCUCAUGCCAGAACAUGUUACACACAAGGAAGAACAUGCUCCAAACAUAGGACAAGUGCCUUCACAGAAGAAGGCAGAACCCAGUGGUGACCUGCCACAUUGGUUGCAAAGAACAAGAAAAGCCGAGCUUACUGAUAAUAAAGACCAACAGGUGAUAAACGAAGCAAAUGUAAAUCAAACCCACCAAGAAAGCACUGUUGUCAAGACAGGAGGAGAAGUAUCGCAGUAUGAAGCCACCGACAAUGCAUAUCGACAUGAGGCUGUGGCACCAGGUUUUCAAAAUGACUGUAACAGCAGUACUGUCAACGAUGUAGAAAAAGCAAGACUUGCAAGAGAAUUACGCUCUUCAACAGACUACAACUCUGAGAUGCAGGCCUUGACAAGUAAACGAAAAAGCCCUUUUUGUGAUGAAGAGAUUCAACAUGGAGCCAAGAUUGUGAUUGCAACGAGCCCUGAAGGAUUGCCACAGCCAGGUCCAGCAAGAGGACUGAAAGUUCAUCCUAAAGGAUACUGUUUUCAACAGCUUGACACAGGGUGCUGUACUGCCAAGUCUUGCAAAUAUAUGCAUCUACCUUACGCAAAGCUUGUUGAGUAUCAGAGAUCAAUGCAGUCAGAGAACACUAACAGUCAAGGCCAUUGUGUCUUGGAAGCACAACCUGAAGACCAAUUGGAGCAAACUGCCACUACUGCACAAGAAAUACAACCUCAAGAAGAAGUUCCUCCAGUGUCUUACCAAUUAGUUACAGAACUGCUGUCACAGAAGAAUUUACGUGCUGCAUGGCAGAUGAUUGAGAAAUUGUGCAGAGCAAACAAGCCUGACUUUGAUAUUUUGAGGCGCACUCUGACAGUUUCUAGUGAACACUUGGAAGAGCCUGACAUUGCUGCCCAGGUUGCAUGUCAGGCAUUUGAUAUGAUUGGUGAAAGGAAUGGACAGCAGCAUCGUCAUGAUUAUACCGUACUUAUCAAGACUCUUUGUCACUCUGGACAAUAUAUCAGAGCUUAUGAGAUGCUUGAUGUCAUGAAAAGGAACAACCACAUGCCAACAUAUGAAGUCUUUCUGGAUUUGGUCCAGGCCUCGGCCAAAGAUCCUGACUGGGCUUUUAAUCUUUUGGGUGAAAUCAAGCAGUCAGGAUUGUUCAAGUCAGGGAUCUGCAGUGAUUUGAUACUUCUUGGCUGUAACAGUGGUGAACACUUUGUUGAGAGGACUUGGUUUCUCUUUCAGGAAGCCUUACAAAGCCAAGUUAAGCUUUCAGCAGCUGCUUUUCAAACUAUGCUCUUGACCUUGUCACAAAGAAAUUACUGGGAGAAGAUAAUGUCAGUGAUAGCAGUCUACCCUGAAGCAGUACCGAUUGAGAUCUUAAACACUGCUAUCUUGACAGCAUCUCAGAAAGCUGAUUGGGUUGAAAUUAUAAUUGAACUGCUUGCCACGGCUCCAGCACAAAAAUUAACUGAACUUGGACCUAAUGUGUGGAACUCAUUUCUGUCCAGCUGCUGUGUGGAACAUGCUAGCAACUUGUUGUAUACUCAAAAGAUCUAUUCUUUGAUGCAACAGAAUGGAAUACCGUUGGAACCCCAGUCUACCAAUAAUUACAUGAGUGCCUUGAGUCAUGCCAACAAUUGGGGUGCAGCCUUAGAGCUCUUUAAUGCAGCUCGUGAAGGUCCCCAAGUCCUUGAACAGCCUCGUGUUUUGGAGAAAGGUCUGAUUGCUCUAACCACUGCUUUGAGAAAGGCUGGUGCCACGGUUGGCAUGCUUACUGUGGUGCACUUCAUGCUGGAGAAUCAUAUCAAGCCUGAUGAUAGUGUCUUACAGUCAGCUGUGGAAAGCCUUGAUAAGGAGAAAAACUAUAAAGGUGUCCAUCAGUUUUUCUGCCAGCUUGAAGCAGCUGAGAUUGUUCCUCCAGUGGUUGUUUAUCGCCAGAUUAUUUCAUCUCUGGAGAACUGGACUGAGAAUCCAACUGCUUCGGUUGAACCUUACAUGGCAAUGCGGCGUGCAUACCCUGCAAAGCAGCCAGAUGCCACUACAAAAGAAGAAGCCAUCAGCAGUGACAAUGACAUGAAUGACCAGCGUGGACAGCCGGUAUGCAAGUACUAUGGAACACCUAGAGGGUGUUUUAGUGCAAACAACUGCACAUUUGUACACCCAGAGGGAGCCGUUUCCUUUCCAGAAGGAUCUACCCAUGGUUCUGGAGGGAGUACUCCUGGUGAAAGCAUCGCUGGAAGCAUUACAGAAAAGAGACCCUCAAACCCAUUUGUUCUGCAAGGACAGGGUGUCCAACCUGGUGACAUUCCUUCAAGCUUAUGUCAAGGAGACUAUCAAAUAAACCAGACGGUAUCAGAUACUUUGCCACAUUUGUCACAAACCAAACCAGCCAACUCCAUACCCUUCACAGAGAUGACAAAUCCAGGCAGUUCCCAAGUGCCAUUUAGAGCUGAAAUUAGCAUAGGUUCUGAAGCAUCUUUUAAAAGUCUAUCAUCCCAAAGCCAGAACCAAGGAAACAUUUGCCACUUUUAUGGUACACGUCAGGGUUGCCGCCAUGGUGAUAAGUGUCGUUUUGUCCACCAUCAAAGUGGUGUUUCCAUGCGGGCAAACNUAGCACUUUUUUUGCAGCAUGCCAGUGAACAUCAGAGCUGGGAAGACCUUGGUUAUGUUUAUGUGAACAUGAAAAAUGAAGAAUUGGAAAUUGACUAUGAUGUGUUGCAAACAUUUUAUCAUGCAUUUGAAGCCAACUGCCCCCAAACUGUAGGAGAAUGUUUUGAAAAGUUUAGCUUAAAAAUACACCAUCACCUGGAGCAAAGAAUGCCAAACCUAGAACCUGACUGUAGUCCUAGUGCUUUGUUAGAUGAUGAUGACAAAUUUUUCCUGGGUCAGUUAGGAGUGGCACUGAUGUACCUAACUUACAGUAAACAGCUCUUUAGUCAGGGCUAUACUGUGUUACAUGUUUUGCAUAAUUUCAGCAUUAACUACUCGUUGUACAGUGGCGAAUUUGGGGUUCAGAAAAGGGCACUGACAACAACUGAGGUGGCACUUACAGCGGCAGACAUCUGUCUUAACAUUAAUGAACCUCUGCACAGCAGUGCGUUAGAAGUACUUCGUGGUACAGACUAUGCUCUUCCAUCUGCUGGGACAAUGUUGACUCCUGAGGAGGCUGAAUGGAGAAGGGGUGUUUUCCUGACUUUGUGUCAGCAUUUUAUAAGUAGAAUGGAAUUUGAUUUAGUAUUUGAACUGCUUGAUAAGGUUGGAGAUAUUGAAGUCUUUGGAAGCACAGAGCUCAAGGCUUUGUAUAAUGCACUUCUUUGUGGUUUGAUCAAGAACAAUCAACUAGAUGAUGCCACAGAAAUCUUCCAAACAAUGGUAGAGAACCGUAUUUCAAGAGAGCCAGAAUCAGUCAGAGCCUUAGUGAAUGGCUUCGGAGAGGCAGGACGUAGCCAAGAAGCCAAGCGCCACUUCAUGAGUGGUGUCUAUUCGGGGGUGUAUCCCCCUAUCUUUAAUCAAGAUAACCCUUGGACAGUUUCAGUUGGUGUCAGCUUUUCAGCACUAGAAAGCCAGUUCUACAUUGAAAAACACUUGAUAUCCCUUCAAGAGUUCAUUGCACAAUGUUCCUCUGGAGAUGGUGUGUUGGAUGACAAUUUGUACAGACCAUUAACAGUUGUUAUUAAGUCAGAUGAGGUGCCCAAUUUAUACACAACUAACAAAUACGUCCCCAAGGAUGAGAUCAUUCAUGCUAUGCGAGAAAAGGUUUGCACUGUCUUGAGUGAUGACUUCAACCCACCCCUCUCUUGUACACGAUAG